UAUACACAAAACGAAAAUGUUGCGUUCCAUGUACUUUGGUUUUGCUAAAACUUUGCGUUCUUCACAACGGCUACCUACUUUGGUAAUAUCCCGUAAUUGUAUGCAUAUGCACGAAGAAGAGCCAGAACACAUUUUUACAAAACGUUUUGAAGAUUUUUUUAACCGUUGCGAAAUUGAUGGUUGGGAUUUACGCCAAGGCAUGAAUGACAUUUUGGGAAGUGAUGUGAUUCCCGACCCAAGAGUAAUUGAAGCUGCAUUACGUGCUUGUCGCCGUGUCAACGACAUAGCUCUAGCUAUCAGGUGGUUGGAAGCAUGCAAGGAUAGAUGUGGCGAUAAGGUAGACCAAAUAUAUCCAUACUUAUUAGGUCACAUACGUCCAACAUUGUACGAACUUGGCAUUCCAACGCCAGAGGAAUUGAAUUACGAUAAGCCAGAGUUGGCUGUAAAAUCAGUAUUUGAUAUGUAAACUAACAUAUUCAGUUUGUGUGAUUAUUAAAACAAAAUUAAAUCAUUAUAUGAUAAACAAAUA